AUGCCUCCUCGUCACAAGAAACCAAAAACUCAACACCCUUUGUCCACGGCGACAUUGUCUACAGCCAGCCCGACGGCAGCACCAACCCCAACAGUGUCUCGACCUGCCAGCUCUUUGGGUGACCGCAGCCAUUUCAGCGACCGAAGAUUCCAAGAGCUCCAGAUUUCAUCGAAGUUGAGGCAAAACAUCAAGCAUGAAUUCCUGACGGAAGUUCAAGCCGCCACAAUAGAGCCUGCUCUUGAUGGAAAAGACCUUCUCGUUCAAGCAAAAACUGGAACAGGAAAAACCAUUGGUUUUCUCCUCCCGGCGAUCGAAAAAGUGUUGCGGAGUCCCAGGCGACCCAAAGGAACACCCAUCUUAGUACUUUCCCCUACCCGAGAACUCGCCCAACAGAUCUCAAAAGAAGCCCAAACUCUUCUACCUCAAUCUGACCUCCGUAUCAUUACCGUAACUGGAGGCACCAGUUCCCCCGCCAGGGACCUGGAAAAUUUCCUCGGAAACCAGCAUGACCUUGUAGUAGCGACACCUGGACGUCUCCACGAUUACUUCACUGGCGCUCGUAGCAGCAAAGUAUUUGAAAAAUUCAGUGGAUUGCAGACUUUGAUAUUAGACGAGGUCGAUAGAUUGCUUGACGGAGGUUUUGCUAGGGAGCUGGACGGAGUUGUGAACAUGCUUCCCAAAACAAAGAGGCAAAAUCUUUUCUUCAGCGCUACAAUAUCUGAUAACAUCAAGAAAGCAGCGAAAAAAUAUAAUGAUGGUUCGGAGUAUACUUUCAUAUCCACCCUGAAGGAUGAUGAGAUGAAUGUCCAUCAACAUGUACAUCAAUCAUAUAUUCUCACUCCCUUCGAGAGCCACAUCCCGACCUUGCUUGCCCUUCUCCAUCUCGACACAAUAAAACAUCCUCUCCCUCACAUCACUACCUCCACUCCAAGCCUAUCACCAGGCAUCACCGGCGCCCAAACGCUUUCCAAAGUCAUGGUGUUUUUCCCUACUGCACGGCACGUCUCGUUUGCCACAGAAGUCCUAUCUUCCCCGUCGAUCAAAAAGGACUUACCACCCGUACUCGAAAUUCAUUCUCGCAAGAGUCAAUCUGCGCGGACCAAGGCCGCAGAAGCAUUCAAGGGAGCGAAGAGCGCUAUCUUGUUAAGUAGCGACGUUGCUGCUCGUGGCAUUGAUUUCCCCGGUGUAACCCUCGUAAUCCAAAUCGGCAUUCCCUCCUCCGCUGAACAAUAUGUACACCGACUAGGACGUACCGCUCGUGCCGGAGCCGAAGGCCAAGGCAUCAUCAUCCUCGACCCCCAAGAACAACCCUUCCUCACAACCCGCGACAUGCAAAAAACCACCACCAUUACCCCCUACAUCUCAUCCCCCAGCUCUCACGAAUACAAAAACCUCGCAACCUACACCCAAACCUACACUCAACACGUCCAGAACGUUCUCCAGACCCUCGCAACGAACAACCCAACAGUUAUUGGUUCCGCGUAUGUCGCAUUUCUGGGAUAUUACAAAGGACAGGCGAGGGUUUUGAAGUGGAGCCCGGAGAAGCUGGUUGAAGAAGCAAAUAAAUAUGCGAGGCAGGUGAUGGGGUGGACAGACGCUUUGCCUCCACCGGUUGCGCCAAAGGCGGUUGGGAUGAUGGCGCUGAGGGGUGUCAAGGGCUUGAAUGUUAUGAGACCCCCGCCAUCUGAGCAUUCUCGGGGAAAUAGUCGACGAUGA